AUGUCGAUCCUCCUCCGGCACGGUCACCAGUCAUUUAACAUGCGUCGUCAAGCGCCGACGAAGAUGAUGACGAAAUCUCGUUCGUUCAGAAAUGUCGCCGUCGGGAAGCGAUUAUCGGAGGUUGCUGGAACUACGGCGGCAGAAUGUACGGCGGUAUGGUGUUGCGUUCCAUGCACUAUAUUAGACGUUGUGGUGAUGACGGUUUACAAGAUCCCUGCAGGUAUUUGCCGGAAAACGAUGAAUACGAAGAGACGGAAACGGUUAUUGAAAGAUGGAGGAGGGACUCCGACGUUAGGAAGGUAUUAUAGUGACGGCUGUAUUGAUUUCGAGAUCGGAUUUGUGGAUGGCGAACCGAUGAAAUCGUUUGAGUCGGACAAAGAUAUUGUUGAAUUGGAAGAUGAAAUGUGGAAUCAGUUUUAUGGUGCUGGAUUUUGGAGAAGUCCAUCUCAGAGGAAUUGUUGA